GCUUUACCGGGCGUCACUUCCGCUAUGUCGCGAGACGCUUCCGGCGGGGCGGCCCCGCCCGUUCCGGCGACGGCACUUCCGGGAGCGGGGCCGUCCCGCCGCCAUCUUGGGCGGGCUCCGGGGCUGCGGCGGCGGCGGCGGCGGAGCGGGUCCCUCCAUGGGAAGAUGCAGCGGGCGGGGCCGGAGGAGGCGGCGAGGGCGCAGGCGGCGGCGGGGGGACCCGGGCGGAGCGGGGCCGAGGUGGCGGCGGCCCCCGCCGGGCGGCUCCUGAGGCGGGAGCUGCGGCUGCUCGAGUCCAUCUUUCACCGCGGCCACGAGCGGUUCCGCAUCGGCAGCGCCUGCCCGGACGAGAUCAGCUGCGAGUUCGUGCCGGGGGCCGGGGCCCGUGCCGGCGCCUCUGCCUCCCGGGGGCCGCCGCCGGGACCCGUCCGUAUUCACUGCAACAUCACGGUGAGGCCCAGGGGUGCGGCGGGCCCAGGCACCGCGAGGCGGCCCCGGGACCGAGCGGCUCCUCCGUGGCGGGAGUCUUAUCCAGCUGUUCCCCCAAUAUGGUCUGUGGAGUCAGACGAUCCCAACCUGGCAGCUAUCCUGGAGAGGCUGGUGGAAGUCAGGAAAGGAAACACGUUGCUUUUGCAGCACCUGAAGCGAAUAAUCUCUGACCUGUGCAAACUCUACAACCUCCCCCAACAUCCAGAUGUUGAAAUGCUGGACCAGCCUCUGCCGGCAGAGCAGAGCACCCAGGAAGAAGUGUCCUCUGAAGAGGAAGAUGAAGAGAUGCCAGAGGACACUGAGGACUUGGACCACUAUGAGAUGAAAGAGGAAGAGCCGGCAGAUGGGAGAAAGACAGAGGAUGAAGGCAUUGGGAAGGAAAACCUGGCCAUUUUAGAGAAAAUAAAAAAGAACCAGAGGCAAGAUUACUUAAAUGGUGCAGUGUCUGGGUCUGUGCAGGCCACUGACCGGCUAAUGAAGGAGCUCAGGGAUAUUUACCGAUCACCAAGUUUCAAGGGCGGAUACUAUGCAGUUGAACUAGUGAAUGACAGCCUGUACGAUUGGAACGUCAAACUCCUGAAGGUUGACGAGGACAGCGCUUUGCACAACGAUCUCCAAAUCCUCAAAGAGAAAGAAGGAACAGAUUUCAUCCUCCUCAACUUCUCUUUUAAAGAUAACUUUCCUUUUGAUCCACCAUUUGUAAGGGUUGUAUCCCCGGUGCUGUCAGGGGGGUAUGUUUUGGGUGGCGGUGCCAUCUGCAUGGAACUGCUUACAAAACAGGGCUGGAGUAGUGCCUACUCCAUCGAGUCGGUGAUCAUGCAGAUCAGUGCAACGCUGGUGAAAGGGAAGGCACGAGUCCAAUUUGGAGCCAACAAGAACCAGUACAGCCUGACAAGAGCACAGCAGUCCUACAAGUCCCUGGUUCAGAUCCAUGAGAAGAAUGGCUGGUAUACACCACCCAAGGAGGAUGGCUAGAGUGGAUGCUGCAGGACCAAUCUGAAUAUCUUCUGGAUGCUCUGCGUGGAUCUUAGUGAUGCCUCUUGGCUUUCUCCCAGGAUGUAAUAGCUCUGCCUGUUGCAGGACAAUACUGGCUGUUCAAAACUCUAAAUAACUGUUUAAGGAGUUGGACUGACCCAGAACACUUGCUGGGCCCAUGCUAGCAGGCAUUCUUGUUAAAACAAACUCUUGAGCCUCUUGUAUUGCUGGAAACUUUUGACUCUACUCCAGUCUAGAGCAUCCUCCUUACCUAUGCUAUGGAUUUAAUUUAUUUUCUUAUUUCAUGUACACUGCUUUUUUUUGUUACGGUGUAUGAUGGAUGUGUAUGGAAAAUGUAUCUUUGAAGAAAAAUUACAGUUUGUUAAUUUGA